AGUAGAAAUCUCGGUCUUCUAUUCCUCUCUUAAACCCUAAACCCAAACCCUUAGCCAACCUCUGUUCUCCCCUCCUGAAAAUUUCUGUCAAAAGGUUCUCCCUUUUUCCUCACGCACAUACGCACACGUACUUAUAUCUCUCUCUGUGCGUGAAAUUGUAUCUCCCAAUGGUCGGCAAUAGCAAUAGAAACGAUGAAACGAAGGCGGAGGAGGUAGGGAGGAAGACGUGGCGGCCGCACUUGGCGGAGGAGAAGGACUACGAAGCAUUACGAGAGCUUUUCAAGCAUCAUAUCGAUUCGUUUGACCAUAUGGUGGAGCAUGGGAUCGAGAGGAUGUUGCUGAGCAUCAAGCCGGUUGAAGUUUUUGACUCUUUCUCCAACCUGAAGCUUAGAAUUUGGUUUGAGAAUCCUGAGAUAUAUCCUCCUCAGAAAGAGAGGUUUUCUAGAACCAUGGCCGAUGCUUUAUAUCCUUUUGAGUGUAGGCAAGCAAAACUUACAUAUGCAGGGAGGUUCAUGAUUGAUGUUAAAUUCCAGUAUGAUGAUGGAGUCAGUGUACGAGAAAAAAUUAAUUUUGGGCAGUUCCCUGUCAUGUUGAAGUCAAAACUCUGUCAUCUUAGAGCUGCAAAUGAUCCCAAAAAAUUGGUUCGACACAAAGAAGAGCCUUCGGAAAUGGGAGGAUACUUUAUCAUGAAUGGGCUUGAGAGAGUUAUUCGGCUUCUUAUAUUGCCAAAGAGGAAUUAUCCGAUGAGCAUGGUGCGGAACUCAUUUCGUGAACGACGUGAAGGUUAUUCUGAUAAAGCUGUCGUCAUAAGAUGUGUCAGGGAAGAUCAGUCUGCUGUGACAGUUAAACUAUACUACCUUAACAACGGGAGUGCAAGGCUUGGAUUCUGGAUACAAGGGAGGGAAUAUUUGCUUCCUGUUGGAAUCAUAAUGAAGGCUCUGAUUGAUACAACUGAUCAUGAAAUCUAUGUGAGUUUAACAUGCUGCUACAACGAGAAGUAUGACCGGGUAAAAGGAUCAGUUGGCACGCAGCUUGUUGGUGAAAGAGCUAAAAUUAUUUUGGAUGAACUUCAGAACAUGUCUCUUUAUACCCGUGCUCAGUGUCUGCAGCAUAUUGGGGAGCAUUUCCAACCUCUUAUGGCGGGACUGGAAAAAGAAAGCUAUUCUGUUGUCGCUGAUGCUGUGUUAAGAGAUUACAUAUUUGUCCAUCUGGAUGACAAUAUUGACAAGUUCAACCUACUCAUCUUCAUGUUGCAGAAGCUGUUUUCUCUCGUAGACCAGACUUCUGUACCAGACAACCCCGAUUCUUUACAAAACCAAGAAGUUUUAUUGCCUGGACACUUAAUAACUAUUUAUCUCAAGGAAAAAUUACAAGACUGGUUGCUGAAGGCAAAACGGACUCUUCAAGAUGAAGUUGACAAUAGAACGAAGAAAUUUGAGUUGAGCAGCUUGGCAGAUGUCAAGAAAGUCAUUGAGAAAAAUACUCCACGGCAAAUUGGUGCAGCUAUCGAGAAUUUACUGAAGACAGGAAGAUUAGUUACACAAUCAGGUUUAGAUUUGCAGCAGAGAGCUGGGAUGACAGUUCAGGCCGAGAGACUAAAUUUUCUGCGUUUCCUUUCACACUUUCGUGCUGUACAUCGAGGUGCUUCAUUUGCUGGGCUUCGCACUACCAGUGUGCGAAAGUUGUUGCCUGAAUCGUGGGGGUUCCUCUGUCCUGUCCACACACCCGAUGGGGAGCCAUGUGGGCUGCUGAACAAUAUGACUUCUUCUUGUCGGAUAACUUCAUAUUAUGAUUCUAAAGGGAAAGUGAAGGACUUUCUUGAGGUUCGGAAGUCGAUUUUAAAAGUUCUGGUGAGCAUUGGAAUGACACCGUCAUUGCCAAAGCUUGUGCAAGCAGGUCCUCCUGAAGUUCUUCCUGUCCUUCUGGAUGGUCGUGUUGUAGGUUCUAUUGCAUCUGAUAUUAUUGAGAAAGCUGUCUGUCACCUGCGGAGGUUAAAGGUUGCAGCAACUUUUGCGAUACCUGAAGAUCUUGAGGUUGGUUAUAUUCCUCUGAGCAUGGGUGGGGCAUAUCCUGGCUUACACCUAUUCACUUCUGCGUCCAGAUUUGUUCGACCCGUGCGGAAUAUCCUGAUACCUCCUGAAGAGGGCAACAACAUUGAGCUCAUUGGGCCCUUUGAGCAGGUCUACAUGGAAAUAAGUUGUCCUGAUGGUGGAGACGGAGGAAGGAAGAAUGUAUUUCCUGCCACUCAUGAAGAAAUUCAUCCAACUGGAAUAUUGAGUGUUGUUGGAAAUCUUACACCUUGGUCUGAUCAUAAUCAAAGUCCUCGUAAUAUGUAUCAGUGUCAGAUGGGGAAACAAACAAUGGGUUUUUCUUGUCAAGCUUUAGUUGCUCGAGCUGAUCAAAAGCUCUAUCAUCUUCAGACACCACAGACCCCCAUUGUGCGUACAAAGACUUACGAAAAAUAUAAUAUUGAUGACUAUCCAUUAGGAACUAAUGCCAUUGUGGCAGUUCUAGCAUAUUCUGGGUAUGAUAUGGAGGACGCCAUGGUACUAAAUAAAUCAUCUGUGGAUCGCGGCAUGUGUCGUGGAUACAUAUACCAGACAGAAACAAUUGACUUGACUGAACAAAACCUCAGGUCAGAUCGCAGCCAGAGAUCAUUUGGAAGAAGCAACCUGGACCGGUCAACUCAUCAUUUGAUUGAUUCUGACGGGCUCCCCUACGUUGGGCAGAGGAUAAGCCCCAAUGAGCCAUACUGUAGCAUCUAUAAUGAGAUUACGAGUAAAGUUACGACAAACAAGUUAAAAGGUUCAGAGCCUGUCUAUGUUGAUUAUGUUGCUGUUGAUGUUAAAAACAAAAAACAUAUACAAAAGGCAAACAUCCGCCUUCGGCAUCCUAGAAAUCCGAUAAUUGGUGAUAAAUUUAGCAGUAGACACGGUCAAAAGGGUGUUUGUUCUCAGCUGUGGCCAGAUACUGAUAUGCCAUUUUCAGGAGUUACAGGAAUGCGGCCAGAUCUCAUUAUCAAUCCCCAUGCAUUCCCUUCUAGGAUGACAAUUGCAAUGCUUUUAGAAUCAAUUGCUGCCAAGGGGGGCGCCUUGCAUGGAAAUUUUGUCGAUGCAACACCUUUUUCAAGCUCAAUGAAGAAGAAUUCUGUAGGUUCUGAAUCUGAAUCCAGUUCACUUGUAGACGAACUUGGUUCUAUGUUGAUUGCGCGUGGGUUCAAUUACCAUGGUGUGGAGGUAUUGUACAGUGGAGUUUAUGGAACAGAGCUGACAUGUGAAAUAUUCAUUGGGCCUGUAUAUUAUCAGCGUCUCCGCCAUAUGGUUUCAGAUAAAUUUCAGGUGCGUUCUACAGGAACAGUGGAUCAGGUCACCAGGCAACCUAUCAAAGGGAGAAAGCGUGGUGGUGGUGUCCGCUUUGGAGAAAUGGAACGAGAUUCCCUUCUGGCUCAUGGAGCUGCAUAUCUGUUGCACGAUAGGCUCCACACAAGUUCUGAUCACCACAUUGCCGAUGUGUGUUCCCUUUGUGGGAGCAUCUUGACUACAUCACUCAUCCAGUCACAAAAAAAGGCAGUGCGGGAUAUGAUUGGUAGAGAUCUACCACCUGGCAGAGCCCCCAAAAAGGUUACCUGUGUUGCCUGCCAGACUAGUACGGGAAUGGAGACUGUCGCAAUGCCUUAUGUCUUCAGAUAUUUAGCUGCAGAAUUGGCAGCCAUGAACAUAAAAAUGGCUCUUCAACUGAGUAGUGGGCCAGGAGCUUAAGAUUCAUUGGUCACUGACCACCAGAGUGAUAUAGUUCCGUAGUUGGAGAUUUGCAGCUUUGGAUACACACAUUGAAGAUGUAGGAGAGCUCAAAAGAUGGUGAUAUUUCCCAAGAUAUGAGGGGUAAAGGAGUUGCCUUCAUUUGCUAGUUGUUGCUACUUUAUUUAUAGGUUCUCUUCUUUCUCUCUUGAGGACAUUUCUCAUUGUUGUACAUUUUUCGGUGCCAUUGUAAAUUAACUUACAUAUAUAGUUAUAGUUUCUUGUUAUCUUCCUUUAA